CUUCUCCUCACUACACAUUAAGGUGUUAAGUUAAAAGGAACUUCUUAACUUCUUUAAGUUCUCAAUCAUCACCUCAUAUCACAACUUAUUGUCAAUUAUCACUACUCUCACUUUUUCUCCUUCUUUUUCUUUAACCAUGCCACAAAAUUGCAUAGCACCAAAGCCAGAAUACUUUAAUAGUACUCUCUCUUUGGAAGGAUCACCACACAUGACUGAUCCUCAUAGCUCAAACAAUGAACAAUCAUUACCAAAACUCAUUAUGUAUCCCAUAACUUUAAAGUUUGAGGAUUUGGUAUACAAAGUGAAAGUAAACCAAAAAGAGAAGACUAUACUGAAUGGAAUCACAGGUGUGGUGUGUCCAGGAGAAAUACUAGCUAUGUUAGGGCCAUCAGGCAGUGGCAAAACAACACUCCUAACAGCACUCGGAGGCCGUCUCAACGGCAAACUAACCGGAAAAACCACUUACAACAAUCAACCUUUCUCGGGUUCAAUAAAAAGAAGAACAGGUUUUGUAGCUCAAGAUGAUGUUCUUUACCCUCACUUAACCGUUACCGAAACACUAGUGUUCACUGCACUUUUGAGGCUUCCUAAAACCUUAACAAGAGAUGAAAAAGUUGUGCAUGUAGAGAGAGUGAUUUCUGAGUUAGGACUAAAUAAUUGUAGGAAUAGUAUGAUUGGAGGACCACUUUUGAGAGGUAUAUCAGGUGGUGAGAAAAGGAGAGUGAGUAUAGGACAAGAAAUGCUUAUAAAUCCAAGCCUUUUGUUGCUUGAUGAACCUACUUCUGGUUUGGAUUCUACCACUGCUUUGAGAAUCUUAAACACUAUCAAAAAACUUGCUAGUGGUGGUAGAACUGUUGUUACAACCAUUCAUCAACCUUCAAGUAGACUCUACUAUAUGUUUGAUAAGGUUGUGUUGCUAUCUGAAGGGUGUCCUAUCUAUUAUGGUCCUGCUUCAACUGCUCUUGAAUAUUUCUCAUCUGUUGGUUUUUCCACUUCCGUGACUGUUAAUCCAGCUGAUCUUUUGCUUGAUCUUGCCAAUGGUAUUGCACCAGACUCUAAGCAUGUAACUGAACAAAGUGAGGCCUUGGAACAUGAGAGGAAGACUGUGAGAGAAUCUCUAAUUUCAGCUUAUGACAAAAACAUAGCUCCAAGGCUAAAAGCCGAGGUUUCUAGCAUGGAGGUGAACAACUUCAACAACAUCACAAAAGAUUCUUGCACAAGGAAUCAAAUAAAUCCAGAACAAUGGUGUACAAGCUGGUGGUAUCAAUUCACUGUACUAUUACAAAGGGGUGUUAGGGAAAGAAGGCAUGAAGCAUUCAAUAGGCUGAGAAUAUUCCAAGUCAUAAGUGUAGCUUUUCUAGCUGGACUUUUGUGGUGGCAUACACCAGCAUCACACCUUGAAGAUAGGACAGCUUUGCUAUUUUUCUUUGCUGUUUUCUGGGGAUUCUACCCUCUCUACAAUGCAGUUUUCACAUUUCCACAAGAAAGAAGAAUGCUAAUCAAGGAACGAUCCUCAGGAAUGUACCGUCUUUCAUCGUACUUUCUAGCACGAACAAUAGGAGACUUGCCACUAGAGCUAGCACUACCAACAGCAUUUGUCAUCAUAUUAUAUUGGAUGGGAGGACUUAAACCUGAUCCUGUCACUUUCAUCCUUUCACUUCUUGUAGUUCUUUACAGUGUUGUUGUCUCUCAAAGUCUUGGAUUAGCAUUUGGUGCUAUUUUGAUGGAGAUUAAACAAGCAACUACACUAGCUUCUGUGACAACACUUGUUUUUCUCAUUGCUGGAGGAUACUAUAUACAACAGAUUCCACCUUUCAUAGUUUGGCUUAAGUACUUAAGCUAUAGCUACUACUGUUACAAGCUUCUUCUUGGUGUUCAAUACAAUGAAAAUGAUUACUAUGAAUGUUCAAAGGGAGAGUUGUGCAAGGUUAUGGACUUUCCUCCAAUUAAAUCAAUGGGAUUGAAUCAUAUGUGGGUUGAUGUGUUCAUCAUGGCCUUGAUGUUGUUUGGUUAUAGAUUAGUUGCUUACUUAGCACUUCGUAGGGUUAGGUAAAUCUAAAUUGUGGAAAGGAAAAGCUCAUAUACAUAUAGCAUGAGAAUUUGAAGCGUUUUUGUACUAAUUCCAUCUGAGGAAUAAUACUAGUUAGAUGAAUGAAGCUCUUUGAAUGAAAUCAACUCUUUAUGACAUGGUUGGAUGUAUAAUAUUUAUUUUUUUUUAAACA